GCCUCCCAACGGUCAACCUCAGUCGUCCUUCUUUGCUCUUCGACGUCGGACCGGUGCGCAUCUCCCAACGAGUUGAGAUUUGAACGGAUUUGAGUCGGGUUCACAUUUUCUCCAGAUCAGUUGCCAAGUGAUAAAAAAAGAGUGCAAAAAUGAGUGAAAGCGUCGCUGAAGUCAAAGAAACCGCACAGAAAGUCGCCUCCCCCGAGAAGGAACCUAAGGAGAAGAAGGAGGAGGAGGUGAAGAAGGAGACGAACGGGGUCGAGAAGGAGACGAACGGCGACUCCAAGAAGAACGGCGUAGAAGAGGUCGAAGACGAGAAGGAAGCCGAAGAAGAAAAGCCCGUCGAGAACGGAGAGUCGAAAGAAGUGGAAAAUACGGCACAGAAGAGGAAAUCCGAUGUGGGCGGUGGGGAUAAGACCGACGACGUUCCUGAUGGCGUGAGCCCUGAGAAAAAACCUAAACUGGAAGAGAAAGUGGAGAACGGCGAAGCAGAAGCGGCCGCCUAAAAACUCUCCAUCUCAAAAUCCAUAUGGAAUUAUUUACUUGUCUUUUAAUUAUCUCAGACUGUUUUUAAUUUUGUACAUUGUAUAUCGUUUUUUUUCUCUCUUUUUGUUAAUUUUGCAUCAUUCCUGUUCUAUUAUUUAACAAAUUUUUUUGGGGGUUGUGAUUUUUCAUUAAAAAAAGGCAGUUACAAUCUCUCAUGUACCUGUACCUUUUUGUCUCUUAAUUUGUACAAAUUAGUUUAAAAUACUAAUCAGAAUUGUGAUUUUUAAUUUCUUGUUUAAUUUUAAUUUGCUCUUAUAAGCAAAAGGAAACUAAUCAGUAAAAGGAAAAACUUCUUUGUAGUGGCAGACAAUGUGAAUUGUAUAGAGUAAUGCAGUAUUAUUAACCAUUGUAUAUCGACUGAAGUGUGAAAACAACACAAUCCUCUUUUCUCCAUGUUAAUCCGAUGAUGUUCAUCGUCUUCACACAGAAAAAUUGUAUACUAUCUUAAGACAAAAUGUAGUCUCUUUGAAUUAUUAUAAGACAAAAAAAAUUGUAUGACGCAACAAACCUCUGGGGUCUUUUGUGCAUUUAUCCAACCGCCAAAUAAUUAUGUAGAAAGAGUUGUAUAAAUUUAAAUAUCAAUUUUUUAAUAAAAACAAAAGAGGUGUCGUGUAUGAACUUUUUUUAUAGGUGAAUUGUUUGCACUUGGUUGAAUUUGAAGAUUGGUGUAUAUCUAAUUAACAGGUUCCAUUUUUGUACAGUUUUAUACUAAGUAGUAAAAGGAAAAAAAACAUUUUCAAUCGUUUUUGUAUUUUUGACUCAUAGAUUUGUAAUACAUUUUUUCACCUUCGAAAGGGGGUGAAAUUUCCACCACAUGAAUAAAAAACAAGGGAAAAACACUUAUGGACAUUUGUUUUGAAACUGGUUGAUUAUUUGUCGCAUCGACAAAAUGUUGUCCACGUGUUCUAUUGUUUGUAUUUGUAUUCCUAUGACCACAAUAAAUAUUUAGUUUCAA